CGGCGAGUAUGCUGGGCCUGACUGAGACGCGAAAAAGAAUCUAUACAGACGCGCAAAAAUGUCGGCGCCGCCAACCAAGUUCGCCGUCCUCCUUUUCCCGGGCUUCCAGGCCCUGGACGUCUUCGGCCCUCUUGAUGUGCUCAACAUGCUGUCGCGCGGUCGGCCGUUCGAGUUCUCCGUGAUCGCCGCGAGUCGGGGCCCCGUGCCCACACGCGGGCUGGGUUCCAAGCAGAGCAUCGGCCAGCAGAUUGUGGCGACGCAUACGCUGCAAGAUGCACCAGAGGACAUCCAAGUGCUGCUCGUGCCGGGCGGCAUGGGCACACGCGACACCGAGGCCAGGCAGCCCGAGAUCGACUUUAUCCGGGAUCGGUUUCCGCGGCUGCGAUUUCUACUCACCGUGUGUACCGGGGCCGCGCUGGCGGCACGGGCGGGCGUGCUCGACGGCAGGCGGGCGACCACGAACAAGGCGUCCUUUGACUGGGUGAGUCGUCCUCGCGCGUCCGUCCGUCUGUUCGGCGCCGGAGACGACGAGCGACACGGACUGACAUGGGCAACAAACAGGUCACGACAAAUGGCCGCAAAGUCGAGUGGGUGCGACAGGCGCGGUGGGUCUCGGACGGCAACGUGUGGACGUCGUCGGGCGUGUCGGCGGGUAUCGACAUGAUGUACGGGUUCGUGGCGGCCGAGUUCGGCGAGGAGACGGCGGCGGCCGUGGCUUGGGACUCGGAGUACGAACGGAACACGGACCCGUCCAACGACCCCUUCUCGGGCCGUUGAUGCGGUGGUACAAAUCCAGCACUACUAUUGAAGCUCAGUCAGGGGCGCCGUUGCUCGUAUUCGAUUCGCCGUGUUCAAACGGACUGCUGUACAACC